AUGAGUGAGCUCGAAUUUGUGCAGGUGGGUGGCAGGUGUAAGCUGAAGUCUGAGGAGGACUUUACCAGCUACUUGAAAGAGUCAACAACAAAGACCGCGGCGACUCGCAUCAGGUCACUCAGGAGGGAGUGGCAGGCACACCAGCGAAGCUUGCGGGAGAAGGCCAGGCUCGCAGAUUUCUUGAAGAAGCACGGCUUUGCGGAAGAUGACCUGGACGCCCCGAAGUUCACGUGCCUCGGCUUGAAGUAUACCUGGCCGGUAUUGCAGGCGGCACGAGAAGGGGAUGAGCAGAUGGUCCUUUUGCUGGUCCGCUGCGGGGCAAAUCCACUGCAGAGAGAUAUCUGGGGCUACACCGCCAUUGACUAUGUCAAGUCCCCGGCGCGCAGCAAGAUUCGGCUGCUUUAUGUGCAGAGUCGAGUCGGCCAAGGCCUGAGUUAG